GAAGAAUAUAAUAACAAAGUUCGCGGUAGAAUCGGAGACUCGGUAAAGAAAAAGUCAAAUAACAAUUCUUCAUUCUGCUCCAUACAAAUUCUCUCAUCAUCUUUGUAUCACUAUCAACACUUACAUUCGAAGACCCUUUUUGUACCACUGAAUUAAAAAGUUACCACCAAAAGAGGCACAUGCACGAUAAGCUUUUUCUGUUCUGAGGAACCUACAAACCAAGCUUUGUAGGUAACAAACAUAAGAAGAAUCUAAAGUUAUACUAUGGCUGGUAUACGUAAUGUGGCAGAAGAUCCCGUGUAUACAGAUGAUGGAACACUUGACAUUCAUAAAAGACCUGCCAACAAGAAAAAAACUGGAAAGUGGAAGGCGUGCCGGUUUAUUCUUGGUAACGAGUGUUGCGAAAGAUUGGCAUACUAUGGCAUGAGUACGAACCUUGUGAACUAUCUCCACGACCGUUUUGGCCUUGGAAAUGCUGCGGCUGCAAACACUGUUACAACGUGGUCGGGGACGUGCUACCUCACACCAUUGCUUGGAGCCUUCUUAGCUGAUUCAUACAUGGGGAGAUAUUGGACAAUAGCCAGCUUCUCAACCAUCUAUGUCAUUGGAAUGUCACUGUUAACAUUGUCUGCUGUAGCACCUGGACUGAAGCCUGUGUGUCGCGGUAUAAGUGAUUGCCAUCCAACAACAGGACAAACUGCAGCUCUCUUUAUCGCACUCUACUUGAUUGCUCUCGGAACUGGCGGUAUCAAGCCGUGUGUUUCGUCUUUCGGCGCUGACCAGUUCGACGAAAAUGAUACCAUUGAGAGGAAAAAGAAGAGCUCUUUUUUUAACUGGUUUUACUUUUCCAUCAACGUGGGUGCACUCAUUGCUUCCUCAGUGCUGGUUUGGAUACAAAUGAAUGUGGGUUGGGGAUGGGGUUUUGGAGUCCCUGCGGUUGCCAUGAUCAUUGCAAUUAUAUUUUUCUUCAUUGGUAGUCGAUGGUACCGGCUGCAAGUACCUGGUGGCAGCCCUCUUACUAGGAUUUGCCAAGUCAUAGUCGCCGCCACAAGGAAAUUCAGUGUUCAAGUGCCAGAGGAUAAGUCUCUUCUUUAUGAGACUUCGGAUGCAGAAUCUGCCAUCAAAGGAUGCCGCAAACUUGAACACACAAAAGAACUUAAAUGUUUGGAUAAGGCAGCAGUAGAGACAGAUUCCGACCGCCUAAAGGAUUUGCCGAAUCCAUGGAAGCUCUGCACGGUAACGCAAGUCGAAGAGUUCAAAUCCGUGAUUCGCUUGCUCCCAGUUUGGGCUUCACUUAUUGCCUUUGCAACUGUGUACUCUCAAAUGAACACCAUGUUUGUUCUACAAGGCAACACAAUGGACCAGCAUAUUGGUCCAAAAUUCAAGAUUCCAUCAGCCUCCCUCUCCCUUUUCGACACUCUGAGCGUCAUCUUUUGGGCACCGGUCUAUGACCGCGUCAUUGUCCCAUUCGCAAGGAAGUUCACCGGACACGAACGCGGAUUCACGCAACUUCAACGGAUAGGCAUUGGCCUCAUCAUCUCCAUUGUGUCCAUGAUUGUGGCCGGAAUCCUAGAGGUUGUUCGCCUCAACAUGGUCCGGAAAAACAACUACUAUGAUCUCGAGACCAUCCCCAUGUCGAUCUUCUGGCAAGUGCCGCAAUAUUUCCUCGUCGGAGCUGCGGAAGUCUUCACAAACAUCGGUCAGAUGGAGUUCUUUUAUGGUGAGGCACCUGAUGCUAUGAGAAGUCUCUGCUCCGCUCUGUCACUAACAACUAUGGCCUUGGGAAAUUAUGUUAGUACCCUUCUUGUUACCAUUGUGACAAAAGUUACCACAAGUCAUGGAAGGCUUGGUUGGAUACCGGACAAUCUGAAUAGGGGCCAUCUUGAUUACUUCUUUUGGCUUUUGACCCUCCUCAGCUUGCUCAACUUCCUUGUGUAUCUUUGGAUUGCAAAGAGGUACAAAUACAAAAGGGUGAUAACAAAUGUUCGUUGAGAUGUUGGUAUAUGAUGUUCCACUACUUUGUUAUCUGCUCUCGCCUCUAGAAUUGUAUUUUGUGUUUAGUGUUUUUAGUGGAUUUGAUGUUGCUAUAUGAACUUUUAUGUUGAUAUUUAUGUAGAUGCUAUUUGUGGCUUGUAGUUUUUCUUAAUUAAAAAGUUCCUUUAGAGUUUUU